UGACAACAGGUGUUAGUGUUGGGUUGUAUAUAUGUUGGUUUAAGCGUAAAUUUGUAGAUUGUGAAUGAAUAAGCUAUUUUAAAAAUGAAUGAUAUCUCAGAGGAACAAAUUCUCUUGGGUAUUUAUAUGGUUUGUGAAAAGAUUAUGCUCCCAAGUGCAGUAUUCCGAGGACAUGAAAAUGAAAAGACAAAUGUUUUAACACUUCUGAAGAGAACUAUAGAGUUUGGAGAAAGUAAUUCUGCGCUAAUCAUUGGCCCUCGUGGUUCUGGAAAGACUACACUGGUGCGGCACGCGCUGAGGGAGCUACGCCAGGCCCCGUCCUUCGAUGCGCAGGCGCUCGUCGUCCGGCUGGACGGCCGGGUCCACACCGACGACCACCUGGCGCUGAAGCAGAUCACCCGGCAGCUGGGGCUGGAGGCCGCCGUCGGCGACAAGGUGUUCCGGUCGUUUGCCGAGAAUUUGACCUUCCUGUUGGAGUGCCUUAAGAGCGGAGGUAGAGACACCUCCAAGUGCGUCCUCUUCAUCCUGGAAGAAUUCGACUUGUUCUGUGGGCACCACAACCAGACGCUCCUGUACAACUUGUUUGACGUCGCCCAGUCAGCUCAGGCGCCGGUGUGUGUGCUGGGCCUGACGGUGCGUCUGGACGUGGUGGAGCUGCUGGAGAAGCGCGUCAAGUCGCGCUUCUCGCACCGCCAGGUGUUCGUGCUGCCGCCGGCCGACAAGCGCGCCGGGCUGGCGUCGCGGCUGGGGCUGCUGGGCGACCUCCUCGCGCUGCCCGACGACGACGGGGGGGUCCGCCUCUUCGACCCCGUGUUCCUCCACUGCUGGAACGGGAGCGCGAGGCAGCUGGCCGGCGACCCGGAGACGCAAGUUGUGUCAAAGCUCAGCCCACAGCAUCCGUUCCUGCAAGCCUCCGACUUCACGGAAGUAUACGAGUUAAUCUCGCGCGAUCCCUUGGUGAAUCUAUUGACUGGAUUGUCACUUGUGGAGAUUUGCUUGGUAAUAUCAAUGUAUCACCACACGGAUAUCUACGACGGAGAGCCACUGAACUUUGAGAUGGUUCUACAUCGCUAUAUGAAAUUUGUCUCCCAGAACCCAUCAGCGGAGAUGGCUCAAAGACCAGUGCUUUUGAAAGCUUUCGAACACUUACAGAAGCUGGAAGUGGUCGUGCCGCUGGUGAGCGGCGGACGGGAAGUGCUGAAAGAGUUCCAGCUGCACCGGUUCCUGGCGACCCCGGACCAGGUGAAGCGAGCCGUGAAGAUGAUGGACGCGAGGCUGCCGACCGACGUCCAGCAGUGGGCGCUCAGCAGCAACCACUGAAGGUCUGGUCGGGGCGUCAACAUCCGGGGUCGGCGCGCAUUCGAAAAGUGUGUUCACCUGAACUUUUUGAUUAUGUGUUUAUAUAAAAAAUUAACUUUAUGUUUGAAAUCACAAUUCUUGUACAUAGCGCUUGAAAAUUAUUACAUUUAUUUAUUUACUAGACCCUUUCUGGUGCCACUUUCUUCAGUAGAGUGAUUUACAUGGUUCUCUCCCGAUACACCCAAGCCGCAGUUAGUUUGGUGGCUGUUCAGAAAGCAAAGAAUGCGGUGAUAUACGGUGGGUGGUCACCUGAGAGGGUGAAAGGGGAGGGGCAGGGGGUUGCCUUCACCAGUAGCCACAGUGAAAAGAAGCAGGAAAAAAAAAACCAAUGAACAAACCCAUUCGCACCCUCUGUUUGCAUCUCUCAUCUGUCACGCCCGUGCGGAGGUUCAGGAAGCCGCGGACUAAAGUCGCGCAAGUGAUGCAGUUUACAGACGAAGCGUGUAGUUUCUUAACCUAGUGGAGUUUCAGGAAGCGGUAAUUAACUGCGGUCUGAAGGGUGCGGUGAUGGUGAAUUUAAAAGAAACCAAGGCAUAUGAUAAGACAUCACUUCGUUCAGCCAUUCAUAAACAGCAGUGUGCGUGCGUGUGACAAGUUUGGGACGUAGCUCAGGUGCACAAGCAAUUCAAAAUGCAAAAGAUGGGGGAAAUGUUCUCUGAAUUCAACCUCUUUCAUGGAGGAGAUGGUGCGUCUUUAUUUCAUUUUUUUUAAUUAUGAGUUUCUUUCAAAGUUUUGAAAUACCAACAACUAGGGAUGGGAAAACCGAUUCCGAAUUUCAUUGAUACCUACCAAUUCUACUUUAAUAAUCGAGAAUCGGUGAUAAGUCUAUUCCCGCAUGUAGCAAAAAAAAAUCAUUUCACAACAUUGCAAUCUGUCAGAUACAAUUAUUUAACGACUCGUUGAGUGGGGUUAUGACUGACUAGACGCAUUAUAACACAUAUUUUUUCAAAUAAACAAUAUCUAAAACUUGGGUCGAUGUUAUACACAAGUCAAAGUACAAAAAUAAUUUAUAAAAAAAAUUAUCACUGCGUAUUAGUAGGGGCCUGUUCUUUUCGCGAUCGCGAUUAAACGACGAUAAACGCGAAAUCACCGUAAAAUACAGUUUUUACGCGAAAUCGCCACAACACAAGGUUUUUACACGAAAUUUAAUAUUUAAAUGCAAAAUCACAGUGUUUUUAAACGAAAUUUAAAUACUGGGUAAAAGACUGUCUCGUCACUGGUAAACAAACACCGCAACAUGGCCGCCACUGAACAUUAAUCAUAAAUGCAGUAAAGCAAACAAAAGCUUACACACGCUCACGUUAUAAUGUUAAACCCAAAAAUAUACUGUAAAAAUACGCAAAACUACGGCUUUUAUUUUCCUUUCCGGCAUAAUGUUUGGAUAGAUAAGACAAACAGGCGAAGUUUAAAAGCUUACGCACACUGCUUGGGGCACUGACGUCAGCUUGGAACAGCGACGUCGGAUAAAUACAAAAGCAAGCAGAUGAUUGGGCGAACGGUGGCGAACGUGUAAGGAACAGCCUUACGUGAGUGGCCAUACCACAUCAGCCGGGGACGCUGGCAUAUAGUUGGAACAGUGUCGUAUUAUCAAGCAGAUUAUCGGGCAAACCAGGCCUGGAAACUCUUAAAGGGGACCUUGGGAACUAUCUUUACUUCGUCACCCAGCCGUACGGGGCAGCACAAACAUUUAAAAUCGCGCCAAAAAGCGGAAAAAUGUAAACAAACAUUCAUUUUCGAAUGGUGGGACGAUGAUGAUUAGUUGGUCAACAUUGUUUUAUAGAUUUUGUUGGGUCGUUACCACAACGCCGAAAUACCUUAACGUCGAAUGUCAAAAUUGACCACAAUGCCGAAAUAACAACGAAUGAAUUUGUAUGUGUUUCUUAAAUGUAACUUAACGCCGAAAUACCACAAUCAAGUACAACACUUUCAUUUGCUAGUUCUCUUGUUGUUGCUUCAUUUUGUUACUGUUUCAUUUCACAAAUUUUUUAGUUAAUUUGUACCCUUCUCUAAGUUAGGCAAGUUGUAUGAACAAAAAUAAUUUAUACUGCUCAAGGAAAGCCUAAAAUAUUAUUUAUAGUUUAUUCUGUAUUACAAAACAAAUUUUAGAUUAGUUUGACCCCUUUGACAUAUGAGCCAUUAACUUCUAAUGAUGUAAAUAUUUUUAUGAGUUAAUGUUAAUAACUUAGUUGUGUACUCAAAUUUGAUAAAUAUGAAUUUAUGAUGUAUGCUACAUAUAUGUAUUGAAAGCUGAAAAAAAAAUAUUGCAAAUAGAAUUUUAAUUAUUUAAUAUUAAGUUAACUAGGUGAGUAUCGAGUAUCGAGAAUCAAAGAAUUUUUUAAGGAAUCACUAAUCUAAUCGGGUAUCGGAAUCGAAAAUUUUGGAAUCGUCCCAUCCCUACCAACAACCAAUCUGUUUAUUAAUUUUUCAGAAAUGCAUGUUUACAUACAUAUAGAGAAAUUUGUUGUUUAUUUCAUACAUAUAUUUCUCUGUUUCAUAAUUUUUUUUGUGGUGAGUUUCUUUCAAUGUUUUGAAAUACCAGCAACCAAUCUGUUUAUAAAAUUUUCAGAAAUUUUUUGUUUACAUACAAAUAUUUUUUUCUGUUUUGUUUCCUCACUUCCCGCACUUCAAAAGGGGAAAAGCUGCACUUCUUUCCAACCUCCUCCUGUGUAUGCCCUUGACAGCUUGCUGUGUAGCAUUUGAAGGAAUAAGCCAUAUUUUGUAGCUAAUUUCUUCCAAUGACUGAGUCAUUGUCUUGACUGCAUUUAAAACAUUCUAAAGUACAUGGUUGACACUAAUUGUUAUUUAUUCAUUAACAAUUUGUACACAAAUGUUUUUUUUCUUUAACAUAAGUGUUGCAAGAUAAGGAUCUACUAGUAGUGUCUUAUGUUAGGUUGAAAUUUAUUCGUUGUCACUCUGUUAAUCUAGCCAGGCAAAUCUUGGGGGAAGUUCUGACCCUUUUCCUAGUGAGUCUAGCAUUGUAAAUGUAUCCUUCGUAAUGCCCAUAUUCACAUUUGUUUUGGUGGGAACCACCUUGGUUUCAAUGCUGUUGUAGUAAUUUUCCAUUACGUAUGCAUCAUGACCUGCAAACACAAGCACAUGACAGUGAAUAUGAUUAUAAUCAACUGCCUUAAGAUACUCAAAGUCAUGAUUAUUGAUGUUCAAAUUUAAAGGUGAAUGAAACACCAUUUUUAGUUAUACUGUCAUGAAACGCUUCCUGAAUCCCAUUCAGAUUGAUUGUCUUACAUUUCCAGCUGCCUUUAUUUGGAACCAUGCAAACUAUUGUUAGCUGACUCUUUAGUGAAGGCCAGAAAUAACAGAGCAUGAAAUUGUUAAUGGGGAUAGAAAGUGUCCACAAAAGAGGCAUGGCAGGUAGUAGGUCACUUACACUGGAUGGCAAGUGGUUUGUGGGAACACUCACAGGUUUUAUUACAAGUUGACACUUUGUCGUGACAGCCUCUCCAUACAUACUGGCCCAGAAUCGACACACUUACACUACUUGCACGUGAUG